CGUACGUUGAAAACACACUAAACUAUAUUAUUAUUGACGUGGCCUGAGCCUAUAAAAAAAAACAGUCUUUAGGAUAGUGAAUUGAAGAAAUAGUUUCCUUCUCUUUAAAUUUGUGCACAAAUACUGUGACGGAAAUUGUGCCAUCGAAAGAUGACAACGUAUGAGGAGUUUAUACAGCAGAACGAAGAUCGAGAUGGCGCCAGGCUAACGUGGAAUGUUUGGCCUUCCAGUAGAAUAGAUGCUAGUAGGCAGGUGGUGCCACUUGCGUGUUUGUAUCAGCCAUUAAAAGAACGCUCUGAUUUGCCACCUAUUCAAUAUGAGCCCGUUUUAUGUACGAGAGCUAAUUGUCGUGCCAUCUUAAAUCCUCUAUGUCAAGUUGAUUACCGUGCCAAAUUGUGGGUGUGCAAUUUUUGUUUCCAAAGGAAUCCGUUUCCACCACAGUAUGCAGCAAUUUCAGAACAAUGUCAACCGGCCGAAUUAAUUCCUACCUUUAGUACCAUUGAAUACACUCUCGCUCGGGCACCUUGUAUGCCGCCGGUAUUCAUAUUUUUAGUAGACACUUGUAUGGACGGAGAAGAAUUGGAUGCUUUAAAGGAUUCCCUACAGAUGUCCUUGAGUCUUUUACCACCGACUGCUUUAGUGGGAUUAAUUACGUUUGGUAAAAUGAUUCAAGUUCACGAAUUGGGGGCAGAGGGCUGUUCUAAAAGUUAUGUAUUCCGAGGCACUAAAGACUUAACUGCCAAACAAGUGCAGGAUAUGCUGGGCAUUGGUCGCAUGGUCUCGGGAUCUCAAGCAGUUGCAGCUCAACCAAUGCUUGGGCAGCAACGUAUGCCUGGUGCCGUGGGCACUCAAGCAGCUGCAUCAUCACCAGUGAAUCGAUUUCUACAGCCAGUUUCCAAAUGUGACAUUGCUCUUGGGGAUUUGUUGAGUGAACUACAGCGUGAUCCUUGGCCUGUGGCCACUCAGGGCAAGCGUUACCUCCGUUCUACGGGCGCAGCACUGGCUAUUGCUGUAGGCCUAUUAGAAUGCUCUUAUCCUAACACUGGCGCUCGCAUUAUGACAUUCGUGGGUGGACCUUGCUCCCAGGGCCCAGGUCAAGUGGUUGACGAUGAGUUAAAGCAUCCAAUUCGUUCUCAUCAUGAUAUACAUAAAGACAAUGUAAAAUUUAUGAAGAAGGCAAUCAAGCAUUAUGACGCUCUAGCUCUGCGCGCAGCGACAAAUGGUCAUUGCAUUGACAUAUAUUCUUGCGCGCUUGACCAAACUGGUUUAAUGGAAAUGAAACAAUGCUGCAAUUCCACUGGUGGUCAUAUGGUUAUGGGAGAUUCCUUUAAUUCAUCCUUAUUUAAGCAAACAUUUCAACGCGUAUUUGCCCGAGAUAGUCGUGGCGAUUUAAAAAUGGCUUUUAAUGGCACUCUAGAAGUGAAAUGUUCUCGUGAGCUGAAAAUUUCAGGUGGAAUUGGUUCGUGUGUGUCUUUGAAUGUGAAGAACCCGUCAGUGUCGGAUGUUGAAAUUGGCAUGGGUCAGACGGUUCAAUGGAAGCUUUGCACAUUUAAUCCCAGCACAACCAUGUCUUUCUUUUUUGAAGUGGUUAACCAACAUUCUGCUCCGAUACCGCAAGGCGGGCGCGGUAGUAUGCAAUUCAUAACCCAAUAUCAACACCCAAGUGGUCAAAGACGAAUACGAGUAACGACUUUGGCAAGAAAUUGGGCAGAUGCAACAACGAGUAUUCAUCAUAUUAGUGCAGGCUUUGAUCAGGAAGCAGCAGCCGUAAUUAUGGCUCGUAUGGUAGUAUAUAGGGCGGAAACGGAUGAAGGGCCCGAUAUAUUAAGAUGGGUUGAUAGGCAGUUGAUACGUUUGUGUCAAAAGUUUGGAGAAUACUCCAAGGACGAUCCAAACAGUUUUCGCUUAGCUCAGAAUUUUUCCUUGUUUCCUCAAUUUAUGUAUCACUUACGUCGUUCACAAUUCUUGCAAGUUUUCAAUAACUCGCCUGACGAGACCACAUUCUAUAGACACAUGCUAAUGCGCGAGGAUCUUACUCAGUCAUUAAUUAUGAUACAACCAAUAUUGUACAGCUACUCAUUUAACGGCCCACCUGAGCCUGUCUUAUUGGACACGUCUUCCAUACAGCCAGAUCGUAUAUUGCUUAUGGAUACAUUUUUCCAAAUUCUCAUUUAUCAUGGUGAAACCAUUGCUCAAUGGCGUGCCUUGAAAUACCAGGAUAUGCCCGAGUAUGAGAACUUUAAACAAUUAUUGCAGGCACCCGUAGAUGACGCUCAGGAAAUACUCCAGACGCGUUUUCCAAUGCCGCGUUACAUUGAUACGGAGCAUGGCGGAUCGCAGGCACGAUUCCUAUUGUCCAAAGUUAAUCCUUCGCAAACACACAAUAAUAUGUAUGCAUAUGGACAGCCACCGAUUGGCCAAAGCAUGGAUGGUGGCGCGCCUGUAUUAACUGAUGAUGUUUCACUUCAGUUGUUUAUGGAGCAUCUAAAGAAGUUGGCUGUUUCAUCUACUACUUGAAUUGUGAAAUUGAUAUUAAGUGAACGAAUUAUUAUUUAAUCUUACUAUAAACUCCUUUAUUGAUAAUAAA